AAAAUUAAUUGCAAGGUGGGAGGCUUGAUACUGGACCUGGACCACCCCUAAGGGUUGCCCUAAAGGCGUUAUUUAAGCCAUACCAUUCACUUAUUGCCCUCGACACAAUCUUUCUUCCCUCUCUCAAUCUUUCAAUGACUUCUUCUCUUCAAUUAUUUACUUUCUCUCUCCUCAUCUUCUUCUCUCUCUGCCAAUCCCAACCAUCUCACAAACCCAAAGCAUUGGUCCUCCCAGUCUCCAAAGACCCCUCUACCCUCCAAUACUCAACCCAAUUGAGCCUAGGUACACCUCUCAAACCAAUAAACCUAGUCAUUGAUCUUGGUGGCCGACACUUAUGGAUGGAUUGCUACACCAACUACAAUUCCUCCACUUACCAACCAGGCCAUUGCGGCUCAGCUGCUUGUUCAAUUGCCAAGGCCAGCCUUUGUGACCUUUGCUUCGGGACACCACAGCCUGGCUGCACAAAUUACACUUGUCUUCUUGACCCAGAAAACACCAUAGCCGGAGUUGCAGGCUACCAAGAAGUAGCUACAGAUGUCAUUUCACUUCAAGCUCUAGACAAGACAAUGUCUGACCAUGGUUCAUGGUCACAGUAUCAAUUAUCGACUCCAGAAAUAGAGAUACACAUUGGUCGAGGCGUCAUAAUCCCAAAAUUUAUUUUCUCGUGUACCGGGGAUUGGCUUUUACGCGGCCUUGUUAAUGGUACUAAGGGAAUGGCAGGCCUUGGAAAGACUCAAAUUGGGUUGCCAAGCCAACUUUCAUCAAUGUUCGGCGGAAGCUUGCCUCGAAAAUUUGCCCUGUGUUUGCCAUCCACUUUAAGGUACACCACCAAAAUUGGUGCCAUAGGCCUACCCUCCACCUCAAAGGCUAACGGUGUUAUAGUGUUUGGGGAUGCUCCUUACCUCUUUUAUCCAAGUUACAACAAAUCAAAGGUCAUUGACAGAUCACAAAGUUUUUCUUACACUAAUCUCUACAUAAAUCCUGUGAGCUUUGCAGGAGUUUACCAAGGAAGACCCUCUGCAGAAUACUUCAUUGCUGUUAAGUCUAUUAUGAUUGACACAAAACCCAUCUCUAUAAAUUCAACAUUGUUGUCUAUCAACAAGAAGGGUAUUGGGGGGACAAAAAUAAGUACAAUAGACCCCUAUACUGUUCUUGAGAGCUCAAUUUACAAGGCUUUUACUGAAGCAUUUGCUGAGGAGCUUAAAGCCAUGAAGAUUUCCAAAGUGGCUCCUGUGGCACCUUUCACAGAGUGUUUUAGCAGAAGAAUGUUGGGUUUUACUAUGGUUGGUGUGGAUGUACCUGUAAUAACAUUUGUGUUUCGGAACCAGAAUGUGUAUUGGAAGGUAUAUGGGGCUAACUCAAUGGUGGAGAUAAGUCCUGAAGUGGUGUGCUUAGGUUUUGUAGAUGGUGGUUUAGACACAAAAACAUCAAUUGUAAUUGGAGCACAUCAGUUGGAGGAGAGUGUUGUUGAGUUUGAUUUGGCUUCUUCAAAGGUAGGCUUUAGUUCUUCACUUUUGGAGGAGGAGGCGGUGUGUGCUAACUUCAUGUUCUGAUAGGUCUCUUGUAUUGAGUUUGAUAUUAUUGUCGAAUGCUCUCAAUUUGG